UGAGACUAGGAAGAGAAGAUGAACAAUUGCCUGGAUUAUCUCGCCUACCCUGUAAUCGUCUCUAAUCACAGGCAGAGCACGACCUUCAGGAAGAAACUGGACUUUGGCCACUACAUAUUUCACAAGAAUAGGAUACAAAUAGUGAAGCCUACUGUCGAUACCAAACCUCCGGUGGCACACACGCAUCACAUUUUAAAACUGAGCAAACUACAGGGUGAACAAAAGCGAAUCGACAAAAUCGAAUAUGAAAACAAGCAACUGUGUCAGAAAAUCGCAAACGCCCAUCGCGGCCCUGCCAGGGUGGAUUGCUGGAACGAGUAUUUUUCCAAGAGCUUGAACAGAGAAACAAGAAACCGGGAGCUAGUGAGAAUCACCGUGGAAAACCAGGGCAUUCUGAAGAGGCUUGGCGAUCGAAAACCGCACUAUGACCGCAGAUCAUCCGAGAUAGAUUGGCAGAAUUCAAGGCGCUAUAUCAGAAAUACAACAAAAUAUCUUCUCUCCCGAGAUGGAUAGGUUACUCACAGUGGAAAAGAUACAAGAGAAAGCCCUAGGAUUUCUUAGCUGCUUAGACUCUCAAAACACUCCUAAGUGGCUGAAUGCUCAAUCCUAGGAUGCUACAAUAAAGCUUGGAACAUAAAAUGA